CAAUUGUUUCACCAAAUUCCACCACGCAUGGAUGCCUUCUUCCUUUCACCCAUUUCCUUCUCCCUCUUCUCCCUCUGUAUCUUUACAGUUUUCCAAGUGUGUUGCGCCAACCACGAUAUCCACUUUACUUCAUGCGCUCCAUUCGACUGUGGAACCAUUAGGAAUAUUUCUUAUCCUUUCUGGACCGACCAUCUUCAUCGACCUUCCUAUUGCGGCUAUGGGGAUGAAGGGUAUAAGCUGGAGUGCAUGGAGAAUGAGCCCCCUGUUUUGACCCUCAGUUCCCAACGAUUUCGAGUGCUGAAUCUCAAUGCGUCUUUCGGUUUGCUCACAAUCCAACGAGUGGAUUUAAACACUUGUCCUCGGGAGAUACUGAUAACCGAUGCUUUUAAUUACUCUUUUAGCGCUGAAAACAUUACUCUGUUUUACGGCUGUAGACUCAGGGGAUUACAACCAUUCAGUUGCACAAGGGACGGAAGAGAAGCGUCCCCUGUGUUCGUUGUUGAUGAAAAUGAAUGUGAUGGUAGUACUGAAAAAGUCGAAAUUCCAGUUGGGAAACAGGCUUUUCAUGAUCUGAUCAACGGAAUCACCUCUGUGAAUGAAAGUUUACUUCAACCGUUUAACAUGAGAUACUUUGCAUACGAAGAAUACUGCAAACUAUGCAAGGAUUCCGGCGGAAGAUGUGGAUCCAACGAAACUGUAUCCUCAGCAUUUGUCUGCUAUUGUCGUGAUCAUCCACAUAUAUUGCGUUGCGACCAUCACGGGAAUAGUUUUAACUUGCCAAGAAAGCUUGCAAUCGGUUUUGGAGCGGCUGCCGGAGGCAUAAUAAUAUCGAGCAUUGCUUUCUACUUCUGGUUGCGUCGCCAUCGUGGAAAGAACUCCUUUAACUCAUCUUAUCACAGCUCUUUCAUGAUGGAUCCUGAGAAGAGCAAUAGCUUGGCUGGUGUCCCACUCUUCACCUAUAAAGAACUUGAAAAAGCUACCAACAAUUUCGAUUCGAAUAAGGAACUCGGUGAUGGAGGCUUUGGAACUGUUUAUCAUGGCAAACUUCGAGAUGGACGUGCUGUUGCGGUUAAACGCUUGUAUGAAAACAACUACAAGAGAGUUGAGCAAUUCAUGAAUGAAGUCUCGAUCCUAACUCGAUUGCGCCAUCAAAAUCUCGUAUCGCUUUAUGGAUGCACCUCUCGUCAAAGUAGAGAACUCUUGCUUGUAUAUGAAUAUGUUCCUAACGGAACUGUUGCUGAUCACCUUCAUGGACAACGAGCUAAAUCCGGUGCACUCUCUUGGUUCAUUCGCUUAGAUAUAGCCAUAGAGACUGCAUAUGCAUUGAGCUAUCUCCAUGCUUCUGAUACCAUCCACCGUGACGUAAAAACCAACAAUAUUCUCCUUGAUAACAAUUUCAGUGUUAAGGUUGCCGAUUUCGGACUGUCUCGUCUUUUCCCAACAGAUGUUACACAUGUUUCCACUGCUCCACAAGGGACUCCCGGUUAUGUCGAUCCCGAAUACCACCAGUGCUACCAGCUUACCAACAAGAGUGAUGUGUUUAGCUUCGGGGUUGUACUGAUUGAGCUAAUAUCAUCAAAACCAGCCGUUGACAUCACGAGGCACCGGCAGGAGAUCAACUUGUCGAACCUGGCUAUCAAUAAGAUUAAAAACCGAGCAUUACAUGAGCUAGUAGAUCCAUCGCUAGGGUUUGAAUCGGACAACAAGGUUAGGAAAACAAUAACAGGUGUAGCAGAGGUGGCAUUCCAGUGCCUGCAGAGCGAGAGAGACAUGAGGCCGACCAUGGCACAAGUGUUGGAUGCUCUAUUGCGUAUACAAAGUGAGGAUUACAGUAAAGCAAAGACCGAGGAGAUGGAUAUUUCGGAAGACGAAGUCGUGUUGUUGAAGAGUGGACAACUGCCACAUUCUCCAGAUUGUGUAAUGGUAAAAUGGCCUAGCUCUUCUACGACACAGUCAACUAGUACCAGUUAACCGAAUUCAGUAAAUUUAGAGGCAUAUACUAAAAUGACACUGUCAAUCCAUCCUAUACUGAGAUAUUGGCGAAUGUAAUGGGAUGACAAUAUUAUGUAGGAUAAGUGGCGUAUGAAAAUGUCAGUUUUGGCACCAAAAUUAUCAGCUGAUUCUUGCUUUUUGAUUAAUCAGUUGCAUGAAUAAAGAAACCGAUUGUUUAA